AUGUGUCUGACCCUCGCCUCUCCAUUCAGUUCAAUGGGCGGAGGUACCAAGCCAUUCGAGUGUGUGAAGCAAACCCCCAGCGAGAAGAGGAGAGAGAGCAGUCCUAUACAGAACCAGCGACACGUCUGGGAGUUCGUCAAACACCCCCACGUCCUCAGGGGUUUGGAGCAAAACACCAUUCCCACCCCUCCCUCGCCCCGGCCACUCCCCGAACAUGUGGGGACCCUCCCCACGGACAGGCUCUCCCCGAACCUCGUCCCCUCCCCACCCUCUCCCCUCUCCCCAGACCUCGGUUUGGAGCCCCCCCCGCCUCGGGGUCUCCCAGAACCUCGUCACCCACCCUUGGAGCAGUGGGGGGGCUCCCCAAACCUCGAGACCCCCCCACACGCCCUGUCCUCUCCCCACAAACAUCGUGCCCCCCCCCACGAGAGGUCCUUCCCCAAAACUCCGUCACACCCCCCCGGGGUGCACGCCCUGGAGAGGGGUCGCAGUCCCCGGAGGAUCGGGGUGGGACCCUCCUCGGGGGUUGGAGCAGUGGGGGGGCGCCCCAACCUCAUGUCACUGAGGCAGUGGGGGGGAGUACCCCCCCUCCUCGCCCCGUCCCCUUCGAACCUCGUGGAGCAGUGGGGGGAGUCAGGGUCGGCAACCUCGUCAGCCCCCAAGUCCCACCCCGGGCCCUUCGUACCUCGUCAACCCCCCCUCGUCCACCCCGGGGGGGAGCGACAGGGGAACCCCCCCUGGGGGGGGAGCGUACCCUUGGGGCCUCGGGGACCCCCCCUCGUCCCACCCCGUCCCUUCGUACCUCGUCACCCCCCCUCGUCCCACCCCGUCCCCUUCGAACCUCGUAACCCCCCCUCGUCCCACCCGUCCCCUUCGGACUCGUUCACCACCUCGUCACCCCGUCCCCGUCCCCUCGAACCUCGGUCCCAGCCCGUCCCUGGAACCUCGUCACCCCCCCUCGUCACCCGGUCCCCUAACCACCCCCCCUCGUCCCACCCCGUCCCCUUCGCCUCGUCACCCCCCUCGUCCACCCCCGUCCCUCCAAACCUCGUCACCCCCCCCUCGUCCCUUCGUCCCCUGCGUAACUCGUCACCCCCUCGUCCCACCCGGUCCCCUUGGGCACCUCGGAACCCCCCCUCGUCCCCCCACGUUCCCUUCGACCCCGUCACCCCCCCUCGUCCCACCCCGUCCCACUUCGAACCUCGUCACCCCCCCUGUCCCACCCCGUCCCCUUCGAACCUCGUCACCCCCCCUCGUCCACCCGUCCCCUCGUCACCCCCCCUCGGCCCACCCCGUCCACCCCGCCCCUCGAACCUCGUCACACCCCCCUCGUCCCUUUCGAACCUCGUCACACCCCCUCGUCCCACCCGUCCCCUUUGA